AUGGCUGCCGAGGAAGGUGUUGUUUAUGAUGCUAGCCAAGUCUCUGAGGCUUUUGUAGAAAAGUACUAUAGUAUUGUUGGUACGAUGACUCAUGAAGCGUGUAAGUUUUAUGCCGACGAUAGCCUUGUCACCAGACCAGGACCUGAUGGUACUAUCAUGUCUUUUUCUUCCCUCGAGGCUAUUGAGAAGCAUUACCUUUCCUCUUACUAUGAUGGUACAACAAUCGAUGUGGUUAGUGUUGAUUCUCAGAAAUCGUUGGGAGAUGGGAUUUUCAUCAUGGUUUCUGGUUUCUUGACUGGUAAAGAUAACCUCAAGAGGAAGUUUAUUCAAGCUUUUUAUCUUGCACGUCAGAAGACUGUGAACCAAGGCUAUGUUGUCGUCAAUGACAUUCAUCGUUUUGUGGAUGAGGAGUCCUCUACUACUACUACAAGAUCUCUUCCAGCUGCUGCUGUAUCUGAAGUUGCAAAGCCACUUGAAGAGACAAAGAAGACUAAGCAGGCGCAUAGAGCCAGGAAGAAGUCUGGUAAAGCUGAUGAGGUUAAGAAGGUUGUUGCUCCUGAAAAAGUUGUUACUGCUCAAAAACCUAAAGAGCCAGUUCCUGACACAACCGUUGCUACUCCUUCUCUUGAUGGAGCCAAGAAAUCUUUUGCUUCUAUGGUGAGUUUUCCUUCUUACAGAUUUGACUUUUUACGCAAGCCAUCUAUGCCAAGACUAACUAAUGUUGGGAUACAGGUUCUAUCAAUGUCGAGAAACGCAGCUCCUUUUCAAGUUAAAGCAGCCCCGGUUGAGAAACCUAGUUCCCUGGCACAACCCAAACCCCAUGCAGCUCCAGCUCCUGAAAAGAAAAAAGACCAGAAGGUGGUUGAAGAACCAGGCACUUCGAUAUUUGUGUCGAAUCUGCCAAUGGAUGCAAGGUGGCCUCAAGUAUAUGAACUGUUCAAAGAUUUUGGCCCUAUCAAAGAAUAUGGAGUCCAAAUCAGAAGCUCUAAGGGUAGUGGAAGAUGCUUUAGUUUUGUCGCCUUUGAAUCUGUUGCAUCUGUCCAGAGUGUACUUAAGGCUGCCAAGAGAAGUCAGUUCAAGCUUGGGGAGCAUAAGCUUCAUGUAAAGGAAAAGCAAGUUUUUUUUGAUGUGAGAAGUGAAGGUGGAAGCAUGAGUCAGAGUGCUUCUAUAGAUGGAAACAAGACUCCGAGUGGCUCGGCAGAUGGAAACAAGACUCCGAGUGGCUCGGCAGAUGGAAGCAAGACUAAAGAAGGAUCUAUAGGUGGCGAAGAAAAUGAUAACUUCACGCUGGUCAGAAGGCGUAAGAGCAGAAGAGAGAGGAGCAGACAAGAAUAG